AUGUCGUUGAGCCCCAAGCACACGACGCCCUUCUCCGUGUCGGACAUCCUGAGCCCCAUCGAGGAGACCUACAAGAAGUUCGGCGGCGCCAUGGACGGCGCGCCGCCCGGCUUGGGGACGCCCCUGGGGGCCGCGGCCGCCGCCGCCGCCUACCGCGCACCGCCGCCCGGUUCCUCCUCCCAGGCGGCGGCGGCGGCGGCCACCGUGGCGGGCAUGCAACCUCCUCACGCCAUGAGCGGACACAACGCGGCGGCGGCGGCGGCGGCGGCGGCAGCGGCAGCGGCGGCGGCCGCCACCUACCACAUGCCGCCGGGAGUCUCGCAGUUCCCGCACGGAGCCAUGGGCGGCUACUGCAACGGCGGCCUGGGAAACAUGGGAGAGCUGCCCGCCUACCCGGACGGCAUGAGGGGCGGCGCGGCCGCCGCGGCCACCGGCUGGUACGGCGCCAACACGGACCCGCGAUACACGUCAAUCUCCAGGUUCAUGGGGCCCUCGGCGGGCGUGAACGUAACGGGAAUGAGUUCGCUGUCGGGCAUCGCGGACGCCGCCAAGUCGCUGGCCCCGCUGCACGCGGCUGCGGCGGCGGUGGCGCCGCGAAGGAAGCGCCGCGUGCUCUUCUCGCAGGCGCAGGUCUACGAGCUGGAGCGGCGCUUCAAGCAGCAGAAGUACCUGUCGGCGCCCGAGCGCGAGCACCUGGCCAGCAUGAUCCACCUGACGCCCACGCAGGUCAAGAUCUGGUUCCAGAACCAUCGCUACAAGAUGAAACGGCAGGCCAAGGACAAGGCGGCGCAGCAGCUGCAGCAGCAGGAGGGCGGCCUGGGCCCGCCGCCGCCGCCGCCGCCGCCUUCGCCGCGCCGCGUGGCCGUGCCGGUGCUGGUCAAGGACGGAAAACCGUGUCAGAACGGCGCCGCUGGUACGCCGACGUCGGGUCAAGCGGGGCAGCAGCAGCAGCAGGCCCCGACGCCAGUGCCUGAACUCGAGGAGCUGUCACCUAGCCCGCCUGCUUUGCACGGCCCCGGGGGCAGCCUGGCAGCCCUGGACGCGGCUGCGGGGGACUACGGUGGAGGCGUGCUCGGUGCCAACCUGCUCUAUGGCAGGACGUGGUGA